AUGGCAAGGAGGGCUUCUACAUAUGGAGGUAACCUUGUGUGCAUUGCUAAGAGCUUCAAGGAGCAGAGCAAAGAGGGUUUUUCUAUGAAGGGCCAGCUCAACACAGGAUUUCAGAACCUCAGCAAGUUAUGUUCAGUAUGUUUAAAGGCUAUUACUCACACUGUGCUGGUCUUGGGGAUUGCACUUCUGUGGACCAAGUGGCUUCAUAUGUUUUUUAAUUCUUGCAUGAUACCUCUCAGUGUUUUAUUUCAAAAAUAUUCUCAGAUUCUUGAAGAAAAGAAGUAUCCAAAUUCUACAAAAGAACCAAUCCACCCAGAAUUAAAGUGUUCAAGACACUAUUCAAUCAUGAAAGGAAAAGUCUGGAGCUGUUGCCCAAAGAAUUGGAAGUCAUUUAGUUCCAGUUGCUACUUUAUUUCUACUGAUGCAAAAUCUUGGAAUAAGAGUGAGGAGAACUGCUCUAGAAUGAAGGCUCAUUUGCUAGUGAUCAACAGCAAGGAAGAGCAGGAUUUUAUUAUUGCAAAUCUGCAAAUAGAUGCGGUUUAUGAUGUGGGUCUGUCAGAUCCAGAGUGUCAGAGACAUUGGCAAUGGGUCCACGGAACACCUUACAAUCCAAGUGCCAUAUUCUGGCAUCUAGGUAGGCCCAGUCAGAGCCAAGAGCUAACUUUCUAUCAAAAUACAGGAUGGGACUUGAAUGAUGUGGUUUGUCAGCAUGAUUCUAGAUUAUGGUCGCCAUUACAAGAUGACGCUGGCUCCACUGUGGUCUGUGACAAACAACUUCUUAUCUGGGAAAGUUGGCACAUGAUUUUUCAUCACCCUGUGAGAAAGCUCCAUGCGGCAGCUUUGCAUUGGGGCUUGGGAUGCUUUAUUAAGGCUGGGAGGGGCAUCAGAGAGAGGGAAGAAGAAAUAUCCAGGGCCUGAAUAAACUGUUGAAAGAAGA